AUGAGGAAAGCGAAUGAAGCCAUAAAACGCACAAAACAUGUCAUGCCAACAAUCAACGAGCUGAUCACAGACUUGAAUGGUGCAUCAGUUUUUAGUGUGCUGGAUUUAAGGUCGGCGUAUCAUCAACUAGAACUCCAACCUGAGAGUCGGUACAUUACGACAUUCUCAACGCAUGUUGGACUGUUCAGAUACAAAAGGUUAAUGUUCGGUAUCAACGCCGCUUCGGAGGUCUUCCAGAAUGCACUAUCAGGAGUGUUAUCCGGUUUAAAGGGAUGCAAAAACAUGUCAGAUGACAUCAUUGUGUAUGGACAAACCCAAGAAUCGCACGACAAAAACCUGAAAGCGGUACUAGAGCGACUUGAACAAGCCAACUUAAAGCUGAAUAAGGACAAAUGCAGGUUUGGACAGAAACAAGUUACUUUCUACGGACACAUUUUCAGCAGUGACGGGAUCGCUGCCGAUCGUAGGAAGAUAUCUGGUGCUCAAUGGGAGUGGACAUGUGUGCACCAGAAAGCACUUGAUGACCUCAAGCAUAAACUGACCAGCGUGUGCACAGAGGAGUAUUUUGAUCCAACCAAGCGUUCAGAAGUGGUAGUAGACGCAAGAAAAGAUGACGAAAAUCCUGCUGACUACAUGAGUAGGCAUCCGGAUCAACCAGCAGCGACAUACGCGGCCGAAGACUAUAUAAAUUACAUGUGUACAAACACUGUGCCCAAGGCACUCACUGUGAGAGACGUAGAGGAACAUGCUUUGAGAGAUCCGGUGCUACAGAGGCUAAUCCGUGCAAUUGGACAUGGACACUGGGCAGACGAGGAACUCGUUCCAUAUCUGACAGUGAAGGAUGAACCAUGGAAAGAAGUGGCAGUAGAUUUUGCCGGUCCAUUUCCGACGGGAGAAUACUUGCUAGCAGUGGUAGAUGAGUAUAGUAGGUUUCCAGAGGUAGAGCUGGUGACAAGUACAUCAUCGAAGGCCACAAUUCCUAAACUAGAUAGCAUAUUUGCCAGGCAAGGUAUACCAGACACAGUGAAAACCGACAACGGACCACCGUUUAAUGGUACAGAAUUCUCAUCGUUUGCAGAAGUUGGGAUUUCGUCAUCGACGUAUUCACCGUUGUUGCCAGAGGAAAAUGGAGAAGCUAAACGAUUCAUGAGAACACUGUAA